AUGCACCUCUGCAGCUUCGCGUGGCGUCCUCUGGUCCGCCGCCUCACGCAAGGGGCUGCCCCCUUCGUCCGCGGACACGGUGAGUUUGGGGGGGGGGAGGAAGGGUCGCGCGCGUGGCUGCGCCGUCGAAAAAGCCCCCCAGAAGCCCGCCGAGGCGAGGAGCGGGGGCUGGUGACGAGCCGCGUGGCUCUGCUGGGCGAGGAGGGCGCGCCGAGGUUGAGGGCGCCGGUGUUUGCGUUGGCUGCCUGGGAAAGGAGACGCGAAGGUCACGGCGCUGAGGCAAUGGAGGGGAGCCGAGAGGACGCGGCUCCUGGCGCUCAGGAGAGCCGCUUCGCGUUCGCCCAGCCCCUCGGCGCCAGCGAGACCCAGGAGGCUCUUCCUGGCGGCGGAGCAGCAGCAUCUGAAGCCCGGCGUGGGGGGAGAAGAAAGCCACAAGAGCCUCUUGUGUUUUUCUGUUUCCCCUCCGAAGUUAUUUUGGCUAGCGGAGAACAGGGUGGGACUGUUUACCGGAGGGGGAAAGAUGACAGCCAGAAUCACACACACACAUACCCCGGGCCAGGGUGUAAGCAGCUGACAGAAAUUCAGGCUGAAGGGAGAGAAAACGGCGCAGGGUGUUGGAGAGGGAGAGUCCGGGAAAAAUGAAUAAAGGGCUGGUGAUUUCCCUUCUUACUGGGCAUGUGAAUGUGGCUGAGGUAGCACAAAUUGGCGAGAACUUGCUGAUUCUGCUCAUAAAAUAAUCCGUCCUCUAUCUGCACAGUGUACGUUCUUAUCCGCGAGGAUCGAUCUGGGCCUUUCUAGGUUAGAAAGAUGGAUCCUGCUAGUUAAGGACUGUACACUGGUUAUACUAGCCCAUAUCUAUGUCUAGUAGUCUGUUUUGCCCUCAGGGGAUGGAUUCGGAUUAGCGGUGCUGCAGGUGAGAUAGCCACACUGCUCUUUAAUACCGAGGGUGUCAGUGGGACAGAUGACUGUGUUUGAGGAUAUUUUGUCCAAGCAGUAUGAUUUCUUCCCUGAAAGUUUUGUAAACUGGCAAGAGUCAGAUUGGUGCUUCCAUUGUUUGUUUAUUAUUAGGUUUGACAAGCAUAUACUUAAAAUGCUAAACAUACGUUAAUAAAUGGCCUGGGCAGUGGGAUAGGGGAAGGUUGUAGCCCCAUUACUGACAUCAAAUAGGAGUGUAUGGCCAUAUUCCACAUGACUGUGCAUUUUUCCUAGUUAUAUAAUAGUAUGACUUGUGUAAUGUAGGAAUGCAGUAGCAGAAGUUCUGUCUUGAAAGAUGCCACAAUUCUCCCAAAACAACGUAGUUUAAAUCUGCACCAUUUAUUGAUUGAAAAAACACUACAGGAGUGCUUAUAUGGGGCAUUUCGGUAGGGACUGUGUGAUGAGGCCCUCAGGUAUCUUACAUUAUUAAUUUCAAGACAAGAUGGUUAGACUAGAGAAACUCUCUGGAGCAAGGGAGAAAAAUCCAUGUCCAUCCUUUUAAAAACAUUUGCGUUAUCAUAGAAUCAUAGAAUUGGAAGAGAACCUGAGGAUCAUCUAGUUCAACCCUAUCUAGUUCAAUUCCUAGACACAGGAAUAUGCAGCUAUCCCAUACGGGGAUCAAACCUGCAACCUUGGUGUUCUCAGCACCAUGCUCUAACCAACUGAUUUAUCAUGCCCCAUUCAAAAAAACAAAUGAACACCAGGCUUAAACUUCAUUCUGGUCAGCAUAUUCAAGUCCACAUUAAGAAUGUCUUAAAAUUAUAUUUUCAUUUUGUAUUACCGGGUUAUUCUGUGCCAAUCAUCAGGUGCAGAAACUUUUCCUGGGAUUCACCUUCUCAUGUGAAAGGGCAUCAUGUUGUUGUUAUGGGGAAAGACUAGCUCAGUGGUAGAGUACAUGUUUUGCAUGCUGAAGAUCUGAGUGUCUCCAGGUAGGACUAGGAAAGGCUCUGGACAGCAUUAACAACUGAUUCUCCUGUUAAUAGGUCAGUUUGAUCUAUUACCAAUAACUUAUGAAAAUGCUAAGUGCAACAGUGGAUUUGUAUGAUCCAAAGAACUAUUGAUCCUGUCUUUAUCUUAGAUUAUGAGAUUUGUUGCUGAUAUAUUUCUUUAAAAAGAUCUCUAGAUUAUCUCAAUUACAGCAUGUUGAGCUUACUGAUUUGUUUUGUGUUUUUAGUAUUAUCACUAAUAUUAUAGCUUUCGUUUUUGAAGCACCUUUCCGCCAGAUGUCAUCUGGAAGCGUUCCUGGAUCUUCUGGGGAGAACUUUAUUUAUUAUCUGCUCGUUGCUGGUGCUGCUGCAGCAGGAGGUUUUUUAGUGAGUGCUUUCUUUACACAUCUGUUUACAUUGUCCAAAAACUCCCAAUCUUCUCAACAGGACAGAGAAAUGAUAAUGUAGUCAAACCAAAAUUUAAGUUGGAACUUCACUUACAAUGUUUUCUGGUAGCAAGCUGCUGACUUUGAGACCAAAAUCCUAUACAUACCUGCUUACCUAGAAAUAAUCCUCAUUGAACUAAUGGGAUUUGGGUAGACGUACAUUGGGUUGUGUUGCAAAAGUCAAGUGUUUAAUCCAACAUUUUACGGCAGAGGUGGGAAUUUACAGCCUUCCAGAUAUUGCUGAACUAUAACUCCCAUCAUUCCUGAUCAUUGACCAUGAUGGCUGGAAUUGAUGGGAACUGGAGUUCAACAACAAAUGGAGAGAGGCAACAAGUCGCUCACCUCUUAUUUUAUGGACUAAAUUUAUGUCUAAAUUUUAAGGGGGAAAAUAAGUAAUGAUUGUGAGAGUGCUCCAUUCCAAAAUAACUUUUUGAUGAUAAACCACUAAAGCUGGAGUCUUUACUGGGGUUGGGUGACUUGUUUCUGCUUAUUGCUAUAAUGCAGUAAUAUUAAUGCACAUUUUCCUGUCAAAGCAGACUGCGAAACUAGAUUUAUUCAGAAAGAAAAUACUAGAACUACAGGCCAAGGCUAUGCACAUUUACUAGAAGUAAAUCCUUCUUACUUCAAUGAUGACAACUUAAAGUUAAAAUUAGACAUAUCCUAAAUGUCAAGGUGAUUGUACAUAGCAAUAGAUGGGUUUUAGAAAAGUUUUCUUGGAAAUUGGAAGCAAAUGUCAGUGGCAGUUCUAGUAUAGUCUUCGUGUCAAAGAUGGGCAUUAGAAAUAAUAAUUGUAAAGUUUGUUCAAUCAAUAUGAUGAAUUCAAAGAGCCUGCAGUCUCAAGUAUGUGUGUUGGUGCUGGGGAGUUAUGCUCCCCAGUCCCAUGCAGCUACCGGUAUUUAACUUAAGAUUGUAUCAUCCAUAGCUAUGGAUUGUGUAACAAAACAAACCUACAUAAAAAAUCAUGGUGAAAAGGCUGCAUGAACUCAUUGUCAUGUAUAGUUUGAUGCUUACACUGAUUGUUCCUACUGACUGAUCCUACCUGUUCUACCUUCUCAAUAUGUAAAUGUAGUAAAUGGACACCAAGACAUUCUUCCCACCAAAGGAAAUGAGCUUUGUACUACUUCCCACCACUCAGGAAUGCAAUAUUUUAAUAUUUAAACACAAACACACACACACACACACACACACAGUAAAUAUGUUAUUCAUCUUCUAACUAGUACCUAGGAGAUUAACCAGCUGAAUCGAGCAUUCAGUUGUCUUUGUCUAAUCUUCAUUAGUUGCUACACAUUUCGGCUUUGAUUUUCAGAACUUGGAAAUUAUAUCAAUAGAGCUUAAUUCUAAGUAAUAUAUGUUUGAAUAGCAGUGCUUGUUUAACCAUUGUUUAUUGCUAUCAUAAGUUUUAUUACAAAAAUAACACUAGUCGUCAAAAUGUUAUCGCAAACAUUGGGUAAAUAAAUAGUAGAAGAUAUGCCAUAAAACUUUUUGUAAGGUUAUACUAUAACAUUUCUACCUGUUUAAGCAAACAGAAAAUAAAAUACAAACAACAGUCUUACAUUGCCUUAACCUUACCUUUAAUGUAGUGGAAAAAAGUAAAACUCUUUUUUUGGUUGGUUGGUAAAGUAGAAUCAUUUCCCCACCCUUAAAUUUCAAAUUUCAUUUUUAGUGUGGACUUCCAGUUCUGGUUUGCAUGUCAUGCUGAGCCAAAUCAUGGCUUAGUGCAGAUGUGCAAGCUUUUGGAGAGGAGAUCCUUGCCCAUCAUUCUGCUGUUGUGCUGCACUUGUUGUAAGCCAAAAAUGGCUUAUCUUCUGAGUUACGCCAAUAAAACUCAGAGACAAGAGGAGUUAGACUCAGUUUAGUAUGUCAUGAGCUCAGGCCCUUGGGUUAGCUCUCUCUAGACUAACCAUGAAUUGAAAGCAAGGAUUGUCCACUAGUUCAAGGUUCAUCCAGCAGAGGUAACUCAUGAGCCCAGGUUCAGGGGCGUAGCCAGGGGGUGCAGUAGGUGCACCUCGGGUGUCGCCACUGGGGGGGGAACAAAAUGGCAGGCGGCACUCACCGUGGGGCCUGCAGCGUGCCCAAGCCACACGUCUCUGGCGCCUGCAGACUCCACGCUGUCUGCCUACUGCCUCCCCCCCCAGCUGUAGGGCGGCUGAGGCCCCAUGGCACCCCCCGUUCCUAUGGGUGCCACGUGUCCCGUCCUGUCUCUAUGGGUGUCAUGCGCCCCGUCCUGUCCCUAUGGGUGCCGCCCGUCCUGUCCCUCCCUAUGGGCACUGUGCCUAUGGGUGGGUCACCUCGCUCCUGGGCACGCUGCCCCAGGUUCAUAUAACAUACAAAACCAUCGCUUAGCUGAGUGCAGCAGCAAAACAAGCAGCUGCUGCCUGAGAGCUUAUACAUUUUUGCUAAGCCAUCGCUUGGCUUAGCGUGAUAUGCAAGCCAGGUCAAUGUGUUGUCGCUCUUAAUAGAACUUUGAAUCUGACUCUAAUUAAUAGAUCAUUUCGUCUGAUUUUAAUAUUCUGAAGAGGGUUUUAAUCAAACCUUAAAUACUUUGAUAUAAUUUUUAUAAAGCUGGAAUAGGGUGUUACAGUUUAAUUUAUAUAUUUUUAUCUCUCAUUUUAACCUAUUAAAGGAAAUUUAUUAACAUUCCUGUGUUUGUAUACAUAUAUUCAUAUAGUGCAUUUUGGUGAUAGAGUUUAUAUGUUUUAUUAAUCUUUAUUUAUGAUCUGUGUUUGUUCUUAUUUUAUUCCUGGUUUGCAGUGGCUUUUGGCUAUAAGCAAUUACGUUUGAUCGUUAAUGUUUAAUCUGACCCUCUUCAUUAAAAAGGCUAACCUAUGUAUAAAAAUACUCACUGUGAUCUCUAUACAUUUUACUCAACCCCCCCCCCCCCCCAAUCAUGUUGGCUGAAAAGCAAAUCCUGGAAUUUGGGAGACCUUGGAAAGUGACUUUAACGCAGUGCAAGAAGCCAACUAGUAAAAAAAGGACACUUUAUCUAGUAGAGAGCAGCAAAUCAGAGUAUGAGUUAUUUGGAAACUGCCCAUUCAUGCCAAAAAUAAAUAUACGCACAACAGUGUUUCCAUGUGCCUAAGAGGCCCUUUAGAAACUAGCCUUGGAGUAAGCACUAGAAAGAUCUAAAAGUUGACAUGCUGGAUUAUUUGUAGCACAGUGAUUUUGUUUUGCAUUUAUGGAAAAGUUAGUAAAAGCUGAGAGUCUUACAUGGAAUAUAAGAAAGACACAUUCUUCAUUGAUUGGUACAACUUGAUUAUGUUUAUAAGUACAAAGAAAGUGGUAGAAGUCCACCUCCAAAUUAUAAUUUGGAAUGCUAUUUAGUCAUUUUCCCCACUUGUCCCUUGGUCAAUGAUGUCACAAUUGUUUUUUCCCCAACCUGAACUUUAUGUGAACAGUUUUGUAUGGAAUAUUGGUUUGUUUUUUUCUAUCCCAUUUUCUGACACUACAAGCAUUCCCUAAAUGGAAGUGGGUGGAGCUACAGAUUAUGUGGGAUUUGGUUCAUUUCCCCCCUUGAUGAUAUGUAUUAUUUUUGCAAACUAUAAAAAUUAAUAGGAAAAGCAAAGAACACAGUCUUGGCAUAUGGAGAUAAGUGCAAUUAUUAUUUUUAGGCCUACAGAACGGUUACUUCUGACAAAUCCAGGUACAACGAACGUAUUAGUGAAAUGCAGCAAAGAACUGUAGCAGAAUGGAAACCAAAACCGUGGCCUCCUCAGUGUAAGUUGAGAAUUUAUGCAUUUACAAAUGAUACUUCAAUGUUAAUUGUUUUAAGGGCAUUUUGUUUUGUUUUUUAAAACAGCAAAGACAGGAGUAGGGGGGGUGGAAAUAUAGAAGCUGCGAAUCUGUUGAACUUUAUGUUAGACUUUACAUGGCUAUGUAUCAGAGUUCUGUUUAAUUUAAUUAUUUUUGACAGGACUACAAUGGUUCUAAUUUAAUGGCUCCUAGGUCCUAGAAUAUUAUUGGUUGCAAGGUUUAUAUGCUACGUAUGCAUACAUUGCUACUGUUACCAUGGGCAUAGCCAGGAUUUAUGUUAGGGAGGCAGACUAUGUUGAGGGUCCCAAGAACUUCAGUUAGUUAAGUAUUUUUAUUGAUUUACAUGAUUUUGGGGGGGGGGGGCAGCUGCCGCACUUGGCUACACCCAUGAUUGUUAGUUUGCUCAGAUACAUUUGAUCAUUUUGUUGCAAAGAAAAUGCAAAGACAUUCCUGAAAGUGAUUCAGUUCAUGUAACACAUAGUCUGGGAUUGGUUGUUGGUUUUUUUUUUUUUUUAAAGAUUUCAUUAAGCAUCACAGAGAAAAAAUAUAAAGCACUGAAGGUUGAACGUUUAGUGAAAGAUAACUAAUUACAGAACUCAUAUAACUAAAAUUACAAAAGUGGUUUUGUUUGAGAUCAUAAUUCCAGUCAGUCAGCAGCUUGAUGGCUCAGGAAUUUCAGAAAACUCUGAAUAUAGUGCUCAGCUAAGUCAUUGAUAGGGGAAAUUCUGUACACAAAACCCAGGGAAUUGUUCUCUAGUACUGCUUAUUAUAACUAAAUGAGCUCUGCCAAAUUGCUUCCUGAAAUGACCGUUUUUAUGUCUAUAAUUUGCUUAAUAUUUUAAAUAAAUGAAAAUAUUUCAGUAUGAAAUAACUAAGAAGGUAUAUAGAUGUAACUCAGUUUGAACUGUAGCUUAACUCAGGAAUGAACCAACAUGUUUUCACUCAUACAGUUCAUACCGAAGGAUCAUUAAGAUAGUGCUGCUGAGUAUAUAGAAAUGUGAAAUUCUAUUAAUUAAUCUCACUGAAUAGUCCGUGAGUUAGGCUCUGUUUCUUUGAUGGAAGCUGUUUCAUCUUAGGGAUGAAGGAAUGUUUAGAAGGCUGUGACCCUAUACCCAGUAUCCUGAGAGUAAGCUCUACAUAGGAUGUAUUUUUAAGUAGGCAUGUAUGGGAUUGCCUAGUAAGUUAAUGCAAUAGUACUUCCAACACAGUUAAAUUCUAAACAGUUUGCUCCUGUGCAUAUUUAUUCAGAAAUAAGUUUUUUGUGUGUAUAGUGAGACUUAUUCCCAGGGAAGUACGCAAAGGAUUGCUGCCUAAGAUUGCAGUUACAGGGCUAGACAUUACAAAUAGCUAUCAGCUCAGCCACUGAACGCAUCCUCAGACUACCUGGGCACUAUCCACUGUUACAUGAGCACGCUUCUUUUUCCUUUCCUCCUCUCUCCAGCCCCCUGUGAACCUCAAAUCUUUUCUGAAGGGUCCCCUAAAACCCUCCAAGGAGUACCUGUUCCCCCAACAGUUUCUGUUCUCUGAAAAAUGUGCACUGUUGGAUCUCACCCAACACAUGUAGCUGCUUUUCUUUUCCCUACCUAGACGCAAUGAAUGCAAUCAAAUUGCAUUUACCUCACCUGGUUUUUGUCCCACCCCCUUUUUAAAAAUUUAUAUUGAAUGAUAUGUUUGGGUUUUGAAAACCAUUAAUUCAUACGUUACAUGCUAUUUUUCUCUCUUCUUGUCUUUCUGCCUUCUUUUCAUGUUCCUUGUCAUGAGAAGAGUGCAGGGUAUUUGAUAUUCUUCCUUCCCUGGCCCUUUAUUGCCUUUCAUAAAUGACCUUACCUCCAUCUAAAUUGUAUGCUUAAACUAUCUUAACAAAUGAAACAUUCAGAAAAGCAAGCAUUAGAUUUCCCUCAAGUUUUUAAAUAUUGUGAUGCCUUUCAAAUUCACCUAUGAUUUGGAAAACGCAUAACUUGUUCUAUACUUUACUUUUUUAAUUUUUUUUUAGACAAAACCUCUAACCUCUCAGCAGAAGACUUUAGGCUACUUCACACGUUAUAUUUUUUUCAGCUGUACACCUAUAAUGUGUUAAGUGUACACUCAAAAUUGUAAAAUGUAUGUGACAAACAUGGGUAUCACAGAAAAAAUACUGCAUGCCGAAGCUUCCUGUUAGGUGUGCACUCAAAGGCAAACCCAUGAUUUUUUGUUGUGAAGCAGCUCUUUGACAUUGAACUGAAUGGGGAAAUGUUAAUAGAAAUAACCUGCAAAAUUCCAAAAUGGUGUUUAUAGUGUACGCUAACGUUCCAGUUUUUGCAAUUUUCUGAGUGUGUUCAUGCAAUUUCUUGUUCCAAUUUCUGUUUCCUUCUCUUAAUCUUGUUUCUGAUCUCCUUUGCUGUAUUAAUCUUUCUUGCACUAGAAAGGUUGUAUUUAAAUCUUUCUAAUUGUUCCUCUGCUUUUACACUUUCAGAAUAAAAUACAAAGGAAAUCUUUCCAAAACCGAGGAAUUAAUUUUUUUAAGGACAGUCCAUCGUUGUAUACUUCGCAGCCAAACUUGAGAAAACCAUCUCUUAUAGAACUCCAUUUUUGUGAGAAUACUCCCCAAUAAUUAUAUCUUUUCAAGGCCAAGAUAAAACACAACUUAAAUACAUCCUAUAGAAGAUAACUUGGCACUCUUAAGACACUGGCUGUUUUGAAUUAAUACACUUGUAACUGACUGUCCAAUAAAGGGUCCUGAACACUUACCUCGCUUGUCAAUCUGUGUUUUGUGUGAACAGGUUAGUUUUCUAGAAAUUUGUUAUAUCCCAUAGAGGGACACAGUUGGGUAGUAUGGUCUCUGUUUUAGCAGGAAAAAGAGGAGCUGGAUCUGUUUAAAAGUCAAUUUAUUCAAGUCUUAAAAACACAUUGCUGUACCAAUACAUAAGAGAAUGAUGUGACGUAAACCAAAAACUUAAAAUAAUUGUCCCUAUUCAUGUUACUAUCAAGGUUAAACGAAAUACCUACUUCUCAGUACAAACUUAGAUAAUAUUUGGAUGUUUUGAUCACAUCAAAUAAUUAAUUAUAUUCUUUGUAGCCAAUCAUUAUUAAACCUGACAGUGUCUCUCUCCCUUUGUUCACAUACCUAUCUUUGCAUGUCAUUGUCUGUUAAUUUCUCCUCAGCUUUGUUUGCCACUUGGGCUGCUAUCUGUCAGCUAACAAAGCUUGUGGGUCACUGUUCUCAUCUGUGUGGUGCUGUGCCUGUUCAAUUACAUCUUCAUUUCCACGCCUUCUUACCUAGAAUGUUACAAUCCCUGUUUGAAAACAUGUCCUCUGGUUUCUAGGCUGGGGUGUGCAUUUCUGUUUCAGUGGACUUCAGCAUUUAUUACAAAAAGACGGAUAAUAAUGGAAUGGCAAUUCAUGAACGGGGGAAAGCUGGGCUCGCAAAUAGCACAUGUCUUAUUCUUGCAUUUUGGUCUUAUUCCUGCAUUUUGGUAUUUUUGACGUUUGCAGCAGUUUAAACAUUCACAUCAAACCUACAAUUUAUUUCUUAUUUCUAUACCGCUUGCUUGUAAAAUAACAAAAAUCCUCAAAGUGGUUGGCUCGCGAUCUACUUCAGUAGAAGGAAUGUGCAGAGCCAUUUCCUCCAGGUGAAAAGGACAGAGAAUUCAUUGCAUUUCAGGACUUCAAGUAUGACAAUACUGUUCCUGCAUACACAAACUGCUCUUUCAUCCAGGUGAUAGUAUAGUUUGACCUGUGGCCUGAGCAGAUUUGUUUUUGCUGUUUCUUAAUUUGCAUCUCUAUAGCAUGAUGCUAUGCUCCACAGCAGCUUCUAAACAUAGCAGCCUAUUAAGGUUGGCUUUAAUAAUAUCAUUCAUAUAUUAAACAUAUAAUAUGAACAUGAACGGAGCCUCUUUUCAAUGGCAUCCUUGCCAUUUCCCUCUCGAUGGCUGCAGUCUUUAACUGCUGUACAUUUAUAAAUAAUUCUCUGUUAUCGUAGCAUGUUUCUGUUUGUUUUGUUAUGUACUUCAUAGUAAUCCUUUGCUUCAAGCUAUAUAUUCUUUCCACAUAUUAACAAGGUAACAGGCUAACCUGUUUGACAUUGCAUGUUUGUGCUUCAUGAUUUCUCUGUUAUGUUAAAUGAAGCCUUAGAAAACGAUGAAACAGAAGCAAACGAAACUACUGAUGCAAGUGAAGAAGUAAAGGAUGCAGUUGAAGAAGAGACUGCAGCAGUAACUACUGGUGAAUCGGAAGUACAAAAUGAAAAGCACACUGAAUCUGCAGAAGCACAGAGAGAAGACGAAUCGCCUGUUGAAGAGGCAUCCUCCGGUGUGCAAGAAGAGCAAGAUGCUCCUUCCAGCUCAGAGGCAGCCCAAACGCAAGCUUAA